AUGAGUUUCUUGUUUUUACUUCGAUUUCUACUAAAGAAUGCUGAGGAUGGUUUUGGUGUGCAUUUUGUCGAACCUUUUCUCUUUCUUAAAGUAGAUGUAGUAGAUGGAGACGACAGUGAUGGUGGUGAUGGAGUGGAUACAUGGCUUGGUGAUGGUGUGGGAGUGCGGACGAACCUAGGAAAAAGACUACAGCAAGGAACUUUAGGUAUACCUGGAAAUUCUCCGUUGCCAGGAACAUCAAUAGAAACACCACACGUGAUUGUGGGAGAUGAAGCAUUUCCUCUCAAAACAUAUUUAAUGCGACCUUAUCCAGGGCAAAAUUUGAAUGACGACAAGCGCAUUUUUAAUUAUCGUUUAUCAAGAGCAAGAAGAAUUGUUGAAAAUACUUUCGGUAUAUUAACACAAAAGUUUAGAAUAUACAAUGGACGGAUCCAAGCUAACCCAGAAAAUGUAGAUAAUAUAGUACUCGCUACUUGUAUUUUACAUAACUUCAUCAAAUAUUUCAAUCCAAAUACAACACAUGCAUCAGAUUAUGAGGGAUCAGUACCCUGGCAAGAAGACAAAAUAUGA